UCUGGCAUCCUUAAUGCACUUUGCGGCAAGGUCUAGGAGGCGCUUCUCCAUUGUUGGUGCCUUGGCAGCGGCAGCGGCCGCGGCAGCGGCAGUGGGUGCGGGCGCCGGUCGUUUGCUCAAUGACUCUAUCAAACCAUCGCAGACGAGUUUGAGGCUCUCGGCGUGUUCGGUCAGACCAGGUUCCGGCGAACCGCUCUCGUGGAUCCGUCGACACAUUGAGAUGGCCUCAUGACCAAAGCUGACGAGCUGCAUGAGGUUGCAGGCGAGGCCCAGGCUCGCGAUGCCUUCAAGGCCGGACAUGGCGUGCCGUUUCUCGUAGACGGACUGGUAGGUAAAGUCGAUUGAAUCGAGUGGGAAAGGUCUUCGUAGCUGAGCAGUCAAUGGGAUCAGUUCCGGUGAUCCUCGUUGGGGGAGGUGCUCAACACGAGGGCGAGGGUGGAAUUGUUGAUGGC